AUCCUCUUGAUCUCCAAGCUCCAAAUCCUCCUCGUUUCUAUUUCCCUUCCUCUUCUCAACCUUUGAGAAAAAAUGGGGAAGGUUUUGUUGUUUGGGGUGCUACUUGCACUAGCUUUUGCAUUGGCUCAUAGCAUGCCAUUCGACGAGAAUGACCUCGCAACUGAAGAGGGCCUAUGGAACUUGUAUGAGAGGUGGCGGAGCCACCACACUGUGUCGCGGGACCUCGACGAGAAGCACAAGCGAUUCAAUGUGUUCAAGGAGAACGUCAAGUUCAUCCAUGAGUUCAACAAAAAGGAUGCACCCUACAAGCUUGCUCUCAACAAGUUUGGCGACAUGACCAACCAAGAAUUCCGCACCUGGUAUGCCGGUUCCAAGGUGCAACACCACCGGUUGCGCCGCGGGAGCCCUCGCGGCGCCGGAAGUUUCACGCAUGAGAACGUUCAUGGCCUCCCUGCAUUGGUUGAUUGGAGGCAGACGGGUGCAGUCACGGCCAUCAAGGAUCAAGGCCAUUGCGGGAGCUGCUGGGCAUUCUCGACAGUGGUUGCUGUGGAGGGUAUAAAUCAGAUCAAGGCGAAGAAGCUGAUUUCCUUGUCGGAGCAAGAGCUUAUUGAUUGUGACAAUAAGGAGAAUAAUGGAUGCAAUGGAGGUCUGAUGGAUUACGCAUUCGAAUUCAUUGUGAAAAAUGGAGGUAUGACAACGGAGACUGCGUAUCCCUACAAGGCAGAAGAAGGAAGAUGCGAUGUUUCCAAGGAGAAUUCUCCGGUAGUGACGAUCGAUGGACACGAGAAUGUCCCUGCCAACAAUGAGGAAGCUCUUAUGAAAGCUGUGGCAAAUCAGCCUGUAUCUGUUGCCAUUGAAGCAAGUGGUUUGCAUUUCCAGUUCUAUUCUGAGGGUGUUUUCACAGGCAGUUGUGGCACAGAGUUAGAUCAUGGCGUCGCGAUCGUGGGGUAUGGAACAACAAAUGAAGGAACUAAGUACUGGAUUGUGAAGAACUCAUGGGGGCCAGGGUGGGGAGAGAGAGGCUACAUCAGAAUGGAGCGUGGCAUCCAGCACAGCCAUGGGAAAUGUGGUAUUGCAAUGGAAGCUUCAUAUCCCAUCAAGACAUCCCCUAAUCCUUCCAGGAAGGAAGUCUCCAAGGAUGAACUCUAAGAUGAUACAAAGUAUAGGAAUCCACAUGGAAAGAUACUCUAUUUCAGAUUUAUUUCUUUUAUACUUUAUGUGUUCCAUAUCGUAGUAGUAUGAACAAAUAUUCGCUCAAAAAAAAAAAAGAAAAGCAAAUAGUAUGAAGGAAUGAAUUUCUGCAUCACAUAUAAGAAUUUCGUUGUAUAAUUGUCUAAAUUAAAAGGAUUAAAGGCAAUUCCAUUAA